UCGCUACUCGCUGCUCCAGUCUGUCGUCACGUCUGCGUCGCGUCGCACGUCCGUGUCGCGAGUUCUGUGUACUUCUGUGCUUGUGCCGUGAUAAACAUGCUCGUUACUCGCAUCUGAAGCGACAAUAAGUUAAAGUGAGAGAGUGCAUCGACUUUUCCCCACGUCCACACCUAGAAUCUCAAUGUUGAAACUGGAGGCGCCCGAGGUGCACAUGUCGCUGCCGCGCGCGCCCGACCCGGCGGCGCUGGCCGCGUACUGGGCCGACUACGACGAACUGUGCCAGCUCAGCACGCACAAUGAUGAUGAAGAGAACCAUUAUGAAGAAGGCGAAUUGGAGACGGAGUGGCUGCAGUCGGCCGGUCUCGGCUCGCUGGCCGCGCCGUUCCAGGCCGGGCAGGAGGUGAGCGAGGCGCAGCUGGGUGAGGCGGUCCGGCCGCUGCCGCGCGAGCAGGCCGCCGCCGUCCGCCGCCGCGUGCGCCGCCUCAACCGGACCGUCCGCCGCAAGAGGGCCGCGAGCCGCGCCAAGAAGCCGGACAUCAGAGACGUGUUCCGAGACUUGGAGAAUUCAAGUGGCAGCGAGCCCCGGUCGCGUAGCGCGACCCCCGACUCCUUGGACUCGUUGCCGAGCGGCGGCUCCGGCAGCCCGCCCACAGAAUGGGCAGACUCCGCCACGCCACCGGACUUUGUCGACAGCUAUCCGGUGCACGCGCCGCUGGCCCGCACGCCGUCCGCGCCGGCGCCGCGCCGCGCCCGCUUGUCCCCGCCCGCGCACUCCCCGCCCGCGCCGCACUCGCCCGCGCGCGCCGUGCACGAGCUGUUCAAACCGAACGACCUGCACUGGGCUGAUAUUGCUACUAACACUGAGGGCAUCGAGCUACUCGGCUACCAGCGGUACGGCACGGUGCAGGGCCCGCGCAUCGGCCGCGAGCGCAUCAACGGCUCCAUACUACAGGACAACGACCCAUUUGCGAACCACGCCCCGGUGUCGCGCACGAAGAGCGCGGCGUCGACACAGCAGCCGCUCAGCUUCGAGCACAAGUUCAACCUCGACCGCCAGAUGCUGGACCAAGAGGAAGGGUGGCCAGAGGAGAACAGCACGGUGGAUAUCGAGACGCUGAACGAGUCUCAACUGAAGAAACUCCAGCCUUUACUUUGGCUCGAGCUCACGGCGCUCUUCGACCGCUACUCUCUGCCCUUCCACAAGAGGAAACCAGCCAAGAAGAAACGGAAAGAAGAGGGAGGUGUCUUCGGCGUAUCCCUCGAGGCUCUAGUCCGCAAGGACGCGUUACUGUACGAGGAGACGUGGAGCUCCGUGCCGCUGGUGCUGCGCGCGCUGGCCGCGGCGCUGCGGGACCGCGCGCAGCACGAGGGCCUGCUGCGCGUGCCCGGCAACAAGCACAAGGUGGAAGCACUGUGCCAGCUGGUGGAACGGUCGUGGUACAGCUCGCGGGGCACAGUGGAGGCGGCGCUGGCGCGGGCGAGCGCGCACGACCUGGCCGCCGUGUUCAAGCGUCUGCUGCGAGCGCUGCCCCAGCCCCCGCUCACUAUAGAGCUGAUGAGGCUGUUCUAUCAUACGUAUGCACUAUCCGGCGCGACACAAGGACGCGCUCUGAAUCUACUCGUGCUACUACUGCCAGCGGAGCAGCGCGCCACGUUGCGCGAGCUACUACGUCUGGUGCGCGAGAUCGUAGCGCUCAGCGACACCAACAAGAUGAGCGAGCACAACGUCGCCAUGAUCAUCGCGCCCACGCUCUUCCCGCCAAGCCUACUCAUCAAGCAGACGGACAGUCUGGAGACGCAGCUGGCGACGGCGGCGAACAGCUGUCACGUGACUGAGGCACUGAUGAGAUGGUGCGACCAGCUGUGGGUCGUCCCCGCCUCCAUCCUCGCAGCCUCCCAGCGGAAACCACCCCCGCACAGACGGAACCAUCACACUUGAAUCACUGAGAUGUCAACUAGGUGUCAAUGUGAACAGGAACAGCUAAUGAACAUUCUGUGUUAAUGUGAAUAGGAAACGCCCUGUGUAAUUAGGAAUAAAGGUGUUUCUGGUCUGCGCGAACAAUAUGUGCGGAAUCCUGGCUGGGCCGAUCGGCGCCACGGUGCUAAGUAUUAUUAAGUUUCAGUCAACGUGCGCUGUGCUAAUAAUAUAUUAUUCUGUGUAUUUAUUCCAUGUACUCCUGUAUUAUUUUAUAUUUAGUGUGUUUUAGUGAAAGUUAUGCCAAAAAUACAAUCUUAAGUAAUUCCAUUUGGAGGCUGAGCUAGAGAUAUUUAAGUGAAUUUCUUCCGCUGCUUGUUUGGGUGCCAUUUGCAUGGUCUUGUGAAGUUACCGUUCAGCAGAAAAAUGGUUGUUGUUGUGAUGCCUGUGGCGGCAGCCCUAGGGUGAUAGAGUGAAACCGAAAUACUGAUGUCAGAAAGAGAUGCCUGCUUGAUUUUUGCUGCUAGAGCACUAUUGGACCGAAAAUCCGGCUUGAAGGACCAAAAAAUUACGCUCAUGGUAAUAAUAAAUAACCCUAGUAGGGUUGCCGCCGAUACUAAUUUUAUUCAAUUCAUAUUUAAUGUAAAUAAUAUAAUACUGUAUAUUUUACCGAUGGACUAGGCAAGUAAAGACUGACUUGUGUAUUCUAUAAUUAUAUAAUAUUAUCUUUCUUAGUGUAUAAACUUUUAUAAUAAUAAAUAAAAGUAUGUUAUAUGAAAA